AGAAGUUGUCAUUACUUUUGUGGAUCAGUCAAUAUUGCAACAGAAGACUGUCCAACUCUCUAGAAACAUGAAAAAUGUCUUGUUCCCAACUCCAUGACGCAUUUAUAUUGUUGUACUAAAGAUUACUCACAUCCGCUUUUUCACCAGUCCGGGCAUUGACACAGUUAACUACGGUUAAAUUGGACUUUCAUCAAAUUCGCACAAUGACUUGUUUUUCCUCGCGUCUUCGUUGCAGUUUGCUGUUCUUGGUGUUGUUUGUGGCGAGUCAAGCUUUAGCUAAGCCAGGAAAUAACGCUAAUAGCACUCCAGUCAGUUCUACAGCCACAAAGCAUUGUAACGUAAACGUCUACAACGGCUGCUGUGCAGGGCCAAACAAGAAGAUUGAAACGAUUCUUCAAGAAAUGAAGAAACAACUCACUCAACUGCAAGAUGACAUCGACAUCCUCAAAGGAAAUAAGACGGCUGUGAAGGGCAAGAACUGUGCUGAGCUGUACAAAUCCGGUAAAAGAACCAGCGGUGUUUAUACAAUCGACUCUGAUGGUUCAGGUGCCUUUGAUGUGUUCUGUGACCAAACAACAGCUGGUGGGGGUUGGACUGUUUUUCAGAAGAGACUGAAUGGCUCCGUUAACUUCUACCGUGGCUGGGCCGACUACAAGAAUGGUUUCGGUAACCUGAAUGGCGAGUUUUGGCUGGGACUAGACAAGAUACAUCGCCUGACGAACACAAAGAACAGACUUCGAGUAGAUCUGGAAGACACGACAGGCAAAACUACUUACGCCGAGUACGACAUGUUUGCAGUUACGAGCGAGAGGACUAAGUACCAGCUGAGUCUUGGAACUUACUCAGGAACUGCUGGUGAUUCUCUUUCUGGUCAUCGUGGUUAUCCCUUUACCACCAAAGAUCAGGAUAAUGACAGCUGGAGUAUUAACUGUGUUGUGAAGUAUAAAGGAGGCUGGUGGUACACUAACUGUCAUCCCUCCAACCUGAACGGUCUGUAACUAUCAUCAUGGACAACACUCAUCGGUCGGUGAUGGCGUCAACUGGUAUCACUGGAGAGGAUAUCACUACUCCGCUAAGAGAGCCGAGAUGAAAAUCAGACCAGUGCACUUUUAAGGACUUUCCGUAGUUUUCUCGUUUACCUGCUGACCCACGUAGAUCAGUGAUUGAAAAAGGAAUGUUUAAGGCUGGCUGAUUAAAAAACUAAAAAAUAAGUUUCGUCCGACUAUUCAUUAUGCAUUACGUACUUAUACCAUACUCUACAAAUAUGGUAAGACUAGGCGUGAUUUUGGGGGACUUUUUAUUUUUAUUUUAUUUUAGUUUUUAUUUUGGGGGGCGUUUUCCUUAAAACAAUUCUUCCACUCGCGCUUGUUGAAUGUGAGAUGAUUAUAGCCAGCGCCUCGUUGGCUAUCUACCAUCUCAUAUCCAACGCGCGCUCGUGGGAAUAAUUGUUAAUUAACAGCAAAACCAUUCUGUACAAGGGUAGCUCCACGAAAUGGUGGUAAUUAGGGCUAUGCAACUCUUGAAACUUAAUAUAACGCAGUGCGUGGGGGAUUGUGGAAAGCGCCAGAAAAAAAGAGUCCAUUGCGGACGUCGAUGAAUAAUGUUUUAGGCAGGAUUCUACUUUUCGGGUUCAUCAAUACGCAUGCUUUGCAAUCAUCGAUUGUACUAACUGAUUUUACUCACUUUUCUUUCAUUUGUAGUUUUAAGAACUCGCUGUGUUUUAAAGUACCGUAGAUCCUCGAAUUAGCGCCCGGGGCGCUUAUUUCAAAUUUAGGAGAAGACGGGGGGCGCUUAUUCGAUGGGG